AGGCAAGGCAAAAUCAGAGGAGUGAUAAAAAACGUGGAUGAGAUUGCAGGGGAUAGAAAGCGCACCGAACGAUUGAGCUCUCACAUUGACACUUAACGUGCGCACCCACCCAUGGCGUUUUCUCUGCAACUCUGCAACUUCUCCACCCCUACUGACCUCUCCUUGCCGGACAAUCGUGCCGGAUUCCAAGUUCUAAGAUGCCGGAAAUCGUUCUCUGUUCGCUGCAGUGGCGACUCUUCCGCCCCGGCGGCUGCUGUUCAGUCGGAUUUCGAUGCUAAAGCGUUCCGUCAUAACUUUACUAGAGCCGAAAACUACAACCGCAAGGGCUUCGGCCAUAAAAAGGAAACCCUAGAACUCAUGAACCGGGAGUAUACCAGUGAUAUUAUAAAGAAACUAAAGGAGAAUGGCAAUGAAUACACAUGGGGUAAUGUUACUGUUAAACUGGCCGAGGCAUAUGGCUUUUGCUGGGGUGUCGAAAGGGCUGUUCAAAUUGCGUAUGAAGCGAGGAAACAAUUCCCAGAGGAGAAGAUCUGGAUUACAAAUGAGAUUAUUCACAAUCCAACUGUUAAUAAGCGGUUAGAAGAGAUGGAAGUCCAGAAUAUUCCACUUGAGGGUGGAAAAAAACAAUUUGGUGUUGUUAAUGAGGGUGAUGUUGUGAUUUUACCUGCUUUUGGAGCUGCAGUUGAUGAGAUGUUGGCUUUGAGUAACAAAAAUGUGCAAAUAGUUGACACAACAUGCCCAUGGGUAUCUAAGGUUUGGAAUACUGUUGAAAAGCAUAAGAAGGAAGAGUACACUUCGAUCAUUCAUGGUAAAUAUUCUCAUGAGGAGACUAUUGCAACUGCAUCUUUUGCAGGGACGUAUAUUAUUGUCAAGAACAUGACAGAGGCAAUGUACGUAUGUGAUUACAUUCUUGGAGGUGAACUUGAUGGAUCUAGCUCAACAAAAGAGGCUUUUCUAGAGAAAUUCAAAUAUGCGGUUUCCAAGGGGUUUGAUCCAGACAGUGAUCUCCAAAACGUUGGGAUUGCAAACCAGACCACAAUGCUUAAGGGAGAGACUGAAGAGAUUGGAAAAUUGGUUGAGAAGACUUUGAUGCGCAAGUAUGGAGUAGAACAUAUCAAUGAGCACUUCAUGAGUUUCAACACAAUUUGUGAUGCUACUCAGGAGAGACAAGAUGCAAUGUAUGAGCUGGUCAAGGAAAAAGUUGAUCUUAUGUUAAUAGUUGGUGGAUGGAACUCGAGCAAUACUUCACACCUACAAGAGAUUGCAGAGGAGCAUGGAAUUCCUUCUUAUUGGGUUGAUAGUGAGGAAAGAAUAGGACCAGGAAAUAGAAUAAGUUACAAGUUGAAUCAUGGUGAGCUGGUUGAAAAAGAAAACUGGCUACCUGAGGGUCCCAUCACAGUAGGUGUUACUUCAGGUGCUUCUACACCAGAUAAGGUUGUGGAGGAUGUCCUCAUCAAGGUAUUUGACAUCAAACGUGAAGAAGCCUUGCAGAUUGCUUAGUUCGAAUUUAGGAGAGCCCCCAGGAAGAGCAUGACACGCUCUGUUAAUGCAUAUUCCCCAGAGUUGGGGCUUAUACCAUGUAAAUAAAUCAUAGGACACUUUUUGUACUCUGUAGGGGCAUAUCGGGGUGCUCCCAAUACGAUAUGUAUCGGCCGAUACGGGCUGAUACAUAACGAUACUUUGAACCUUGCCUGUAACCCUCCCAACCCAGGUAGCGGCGGGAUUCGAUCUAAAGUCUCCACUACGACCAGCAGGAGACCUUACCAAUUUGUUGGUUGGCAUCUGUUGGUAUGAAACGAAUUUGGUAUUACACCAAGGCUUCCCCUGGUUAAAAUAUUAUAGCGAAAUUUUAAUCGAGUGUCAAUUAAUUGGAAGUAUAAAUGGAUAUCUUAUGGUCA